GUUUUGGCGUUGAAAUUUUUUUGCCAUGAUGAAGGCAUAGAAAAAAGGUUCUGAGCUAUUUAGAUCGAGAACUUUUUCAUUUGCCGCAAUUCUUUGUCAAAAAUGCCACAGCAUCAUUAAGUAAAUACAGUUUACUUAGGAACGCAUAGAUAUGAGCGGAUCCAAUGCAAAGUCCUCGGGGACUGGCUUCGGCAGCCACAUUCCCAGCAUCGAGGAAAAGAACAAGCAGAUCCAGCAGGAAACCAUGAUGGAGAAGCUGCGGGCCAAGUACCGGAACAAGCCAAAGAGCUACGAGGAGAUCAAGAAGUCGGUGCGUAUGUACUUUAUCGAGAAGCACUACCCUCUGGACCCCCUGUGCAAGGCCACGCUGCAGUCGGCGCUGGACAAGUUGCAGCACUACAUCAAGGUCACGUCACGCCACGGCCUUGUGGAGCGUUUGGAGAGCCUCUCGCGCCAGUUGGGCCUCAAGUUCAUGGAGGACCAGCAGCUUCUCUUCAUAUCAACGGACAUGUUCUACGUAGAGAUCCUGCUGGACGCCGCCGGCAGUCUGUCGGACGUCAAGGUGCACCACGAGUGCAAGAUCGAGCAACAGUCCAGCGAGCUAGUGGCCUGCCUCAAGUCUGGCGACUUUGCAGACUUUACGGUUCAACUCGAGGGUCUGUCCUCCAUUUACCAGCUGAAUGCCGAGCCCAAGGUGAAAAAGAAGGCGUUUGUAGCGCUUCAGGCCAUGGAGACGGAUAUCCAGAGCCUAUACCAACUGCACCUGCAAGGUCACUCCGGAGACAGCUACUCACUUAUGACAAGUUCAUCGGUGGGUCUUGUGCUGCCCCGUCGCGGUGGCCAUCCUAUGAGGCUUACUUAUUUCUGCCCGCCGCUCCACCUUCCCGAAGGGGAUCCCAAACUGGCCAGCGGCGAUUUCACCAUCGACCAGGUAAUGCGAAGCAGCUACGGACUGAGUGCCACUAUCAAUCUCGAAGGCUCAUCAGCCAACAAACUGCAGACUUUGCCAACGGUGACUUUGGUCCGCGAUGCCCAAACGGGGUUGGAGGUUCCCACCUAUGCCCAACUUAACCAGAACAACUCGCUGCUGAUGCCGGCCACGUUUGUGCUUCGGCUGAACAAACCCAUGCCUGUUUGCCUGGAAUCACUAAAGGCUCUCGGUCUGCCCGGUCUAGACUCAGUUGCCACUCCUCCUGGUCCGCCCACCACAGUGCUUAAUCUCAUAGUACAAACUGCAUCGAAGCAGGCCAUUAAGAACACACAGCGCGGCCUGUAUGUGAAUUUACCUAAAGAGACGCACUGCUAUUUCUUUACCGACAACCGCAAACUGCAGGGAACUCUGGUGUCAUCACUGCCCUUCACUGAACCCGCCCAGGUUCCGCGAAUCGUGGCGUUCCUCAAGAAACAAGCUCUCUUCUACACCCUGCUCGCAAGCUGUGUUCGUGAGCAGCAGAAGCAGUAUAAUGAUAUGGACAGCACUGUGAUACUGGAGGUAACCGCCGUUUCAUUUAAUCAAAUCACGGUUGAGCUGCAGCACCCGUACGAAGAGUCGCUGGCCACUGUGGAUUUUCUGCUUGAGGAUGGUCAGCCCACGUGCAGCGUUUACUGUCUGACCAACGAAUACGAGCUGCUGUCCCAGAAGUUAACCCGCACCGCGCGCAAAGUGGUAUCCAUUCCGAUGGUAAUCUACAAGUUGCUUAAGUGCUGGGAUGAGGAGCACGAAUUCAAACUGCAUGGCGCGAUUGGACCUGGAUCUGGUUCUGGAGCAAUCGGAGGUGGAGGCAUGAGUGGUGGUGGACCUGUCUCAGGAGUAGGCAAUAACUUUAGCCAGUUUUCAAUGGAUACGCCGACGCCUUCCGAUGGAAGCCUACCCGGAGGUGGCUUCGCCAACAUUAACAACCUUAAAAUGGAUGCGAAGUCGCGAUCUCUAGCGGAUGCUUUUGCCGCUUCUACUUCGGCAGCAGCGGCCAUAGCGGGUUUGAUCAAUCUUAAGCGGGAAACCGAUCCACAGUCUGGUAGUUCGGCCAGUGGCACCACGGUCAGCGGCAGCUCCAGCUCAUCCGGCUCCGCCAAGACGAGUGACCAUGACAUUGCUGACAAGUACAAAAAUAUCUGGAAGGACAAGACUCCAAAUUUGAAGCAUUGCGUCAGCAUCACCCCCAUCCCAGGAGAUGGAAAGUCUGGAUCAGCUGGGGGAGUGUCCGGGGUCGAGGUACAGCGAACGGGUGGUAUCGAAAUUAUUCCAUUGAAUGCCCAGGCGGCUAUAGCCGGAGGAGGUGUUACAGCCUCAUCCAGUGCCACUCCCACGACUAUAACUAUUACCCCAAUAACUGGCAAGGAUCCCAGUAAGGACUCAACCAAAAAAAGUACCGCUGCUUCAGCUGGAGUAGGUGUGGCCGCAAAGCGUCCCCACGAAAGUAGCACAAGUAGUUCGUCUACGUCCGGUUGUAGUGGUUCUGGCAGCUCCAUGUCGUCUUCAGCCAGCAGCGGCUCUUCAGAUACGCAGAAGGAAAAGAAGCGCAAGAAAAAGCGCGACGAUUCGCCCAUGGGACCGCCGGAGAAGAUCUAUUCUAGGCAAAACUCGCCUGCAGGUGGCGCAGAUGCUUCCGCAACUGGUGGAGUGGUUCGCAAGUUUUCCUCUCCCUCGUCGUCACCCAAAGCUGGUGGCGGUGGACAGGGUCUAAUGGCCGGAGUGCCGACUGCCCGUCCCAGCCCCAAGCACUCUCCCGUGUAUAGCAGUCCCAAGCACAACACCGCCUCCAACAGCCCGAAGUCGCCGUUUGGCACACACUCACCCAAACACGGCUCUUCCGGAAAGCCGAGCAUGUCAACGCUUAAAAGUGCAGCUACAGCUGCCACCAUCUUAAGUCCCAAGGGCGAUAAGUCCUCGUCAGCUGUGGGUAACACAUCUUCGGGACCAUCCGCCUCCUCAGGAUCCAGCGGAGCUACUGGCCUGGUGAGGUCAUUUGCCAGCGUUGGAGCUCCGCCUCCACCACCUCCAAUUCCUCCAUUAGCGAGCUCGAGCGGAUCUAUCAGCAGCAGCCAGAGUUUAAAGAAGGAGAAAACCUCUUCGGCAUCCGGUUCCAGUUCCACAUCAUCCUCGGCAACUGCAGGUGUCGCAUCUGGCGGAGGUAUUUCACCGGCAAGUGUGGCUGCUGCAGUAGCUGCCCUGAAAUCCUCACAACAGCAGAUGAAGUCAGUCGCCAGUCUUUCGCAUCUGGCGGCGGGCGGGGGACUGGGUAGCUAUGCGGCCCCGUCGGGAGCGGGAGCAUCUGGUGCAGCCGCAGUGGUGGUGGGAGCAGGAGCUGGCGCUGGAGCGGGGGCCUCCGGACUGGAGCUGAGUGCCCUGCGCAAGGGCAUGGCGGGAGGUGCGGUUAGUUUGAUGACGUCGACGGCAGCUUUAGCGCCAACAAUUCCGGCACCAACAACAACAGUGGCAGCGGGCUCGGCAGCGUCAUUGGUGUCUCCAGUCUCAGCGGUAGUGGGUCAGGGGCAGGAAACAGCGGGAGCAGCGGCAGCAGCAACGCUGGCAACAGCAACAAUUCUGCAGCAGCAGCCACAGCCGGGAGCAGCGCCAACUAGUAGCUGCUUAACCACCAGCGGGGGCAGCAGCGACUCCGCCGGGAGCAUCAAUCCGGCCGGAGCCUCCACGGAAUACAUGGUGAAGCCCAGCAGCCAAGAGGGCCUCAAGCUGACCAUCAACAAGACGGGAAGCAGCAAGAGCUCCGGCACCGGCUCCGGCUCUAGUUCCUCCUCUGGCCUCCAAGCGAAGGCAAAGAGCAGCAGCAGCGGCGCCACGAGCUUCGCUGGGUCCACUGGAUCCACGAAGAAGCAGCAUACCGGACUCAAGCCGGGCGUUAACAGCGGACCCGCUUCCAAGAAGGCCACCGCAGCGGUCUCGUCCGCCACGGCAUCAUCCAGCAAGCAUUUCUUCCAGAAGGCAAACUCCUCGGGCAAUCUCAGCAGCAAGCUCAGUGGGUCGGGAUCAGGUGGCGGAAUUCCGCUGACUAAGAGCAACAGCACUAACUCCUUCCAAGAGCACAAUGCCCCCAGGCGGCGUCCCAGCAUGGGAGCCUUGGCUAGCGGCAGCAGUGGAGGAGGCAGCGGGCAGCGAAAGUUAGGCUCCGCUUCGGGAGGAGGCAGCGGAUCUUCGGGGUCGGUAUCGCCGGCCCUUAGCGGCUCAAUGUCGCAGCCACCGCCGCGAUUCGAUCACCACACGGAUAUGAUGACCAUCCUCCAAUACGCUUCUCCGACAAUGGCCGCAAGCAUGGAAGGCUUCAUCAAGGGGCUCCACAACAAAUUCCAGAUCCCAAAGUUAUCGCAGAGAGGAAGCGGAGGCAAUACAACCAGUGGACGCAGCACGCCAAGUGGCAGUUCAGAACCGGCUUUAGCGGGAACAUCAUCUUCGAUAUUAGGACCUAUUGCCAGCUCUACUGGACUGACGGAGCCGGAAGCGAAGCCGCCGGUGCCUCCUUCGCAGUCUGGCAAUGAAGGACUGCUCAAUCUUAGCAGCACGGCGGGUACACCAUCGGCGGAUGGGAUAGAUGAGGAGCUUUUGGCUAGCCUGGCUGGCGAAUGACAGAAGAAAGACAGCCGUCAUGAGAUAUUCCUGUUGCUCUAUGCGAUUUUCUCUUAAAGCUAGCAUAGUGAGUUAGUUUAAAGCCAUUAGUUACACGAUUUUGUUUUAUGAUGCAUAGAAACUAAGGAUCUUAUUAGGCAAUUUCUUAACUUUAUUGGCAGAAAAAUGAUUUAAAACUCCAAAGGAAAUAAAUAAAAUUUUACAACACGAUGGCGAAUUUGGUACAAAAUCUCAGAGAUUAUUCCCGAUUCUGUUAAGUCGAUCAAACCGAAAUCACCUUAUGCUUUAAAAAUGCAUUAGGUAAAUCUUAAGGAAAGCGAUGCGAUAUGUACGAUAAAAUCGCUCUAAAUAUGUUGUAGAGUAUAAUAAAUGUAUUCAGUUGG